AUGACGGACGCCGUAGCCACCAUUGGUGGAGUCCCUACCAGAUACCUCUCCCUCGUCGUUCUCGUCAUCCAGAACUCGGCCCUGGUCCUCACCAUGCGCUACAGCCGCAUCCUCCCUGGCCCGCAAUACCUCUCCUCAACCGCUGUGGUCAUGUCCGAACUGAUCAAAUGCGUCAUCUGCCUCCUCGUCCACCUACACGAACAACGUACCAAUUCCCACUCUCCCUCACUACCGCUACUAUCGGACUCCAGCUCGAGCACCACUGCCCCGCGCUAUACUCUGUCUCAGCUCUUCACCGACAUCUUCUCCGUACGAUCCGGCUUCCUCAAACUCCUCAUCCCUGCAAUCCUCUACACUCUGCAGAACAACCUGCAAUUCGUGGCGGCAACAAAUCUUGACGCUGCCACGUUCCAAGUCACCUAUCAGUGCAAGAUCCUCACAACUGCUCUCUUUGCCGUCCUUCUACUCCGCCAAUCUCUUACCCCAUUAAAGUGGCUGUCCCUCUUUGUCCUCACCAUGGGUGUCGCUUGCGUCCAGAUCCCAUCAGCCGGAACACCGACAUCCUUCCACCAAGGUUCCUACCCGCUCGGCAUUCUUGCCGUUGCCAUUGCCUGCCUCUGCUCAGGCUUCGCAGGCGUCUAUUUUGAGAAGGUGCUAAAAUCCUCGUCGUCUUCUACACCGUCCACCUCCCUAUGGGUGCGCAACAUCCAGCUCUCCGUGGGCUGCCUAGCCAUAGCACUGACUGGCACCUUCAUCUGGGACGGACGUGCCAUCGCUCAAGGUGGCUUCUUUCAAGGUUACCGCCCCAUUACUGUGGUGACCAUUUGUAUCCAGGCCGCAGGAGGACUAAUUGUUGCGCUCGUCAUCAAAUACGCGGACAACAUUCUCAAGGGCUUCGCUACGAGUCUCUCAAUCAUCUUGAGCACAGUCGUGAGCGUAUUUGUGUUUCAGUUUGUUGUUACCAUUUACUUUCUCAUCGGCACAGUCCUUGUCUUCUCUGCGACCUACAUGUACUCGAUUCCGGACAAGAAGCCUACCGCUACCGAGCAAGAUCUUGCAAUUCGAGACAGAGAUGAAGCGAAAGGAGACGAGGGCACGCCCAUGAUCAGCAUCAAUGAUUACGAUGAAGACAGACGAGAUAUGGAGAAAGCCGAGGGCGAAUUCAGAGACGACGUGCCUAGCAGAGGGGCUAGCCAGGAGUUCAGUGAAAAGUCGGACGAUAAGAAGCCGAACGGUGAGAGUACAGCGGACAAGCCCAAAGCGAUCAGGGUCUAUGACGAGCUGGGCUAUGUGGAUUGA